UUUUCAAACUUUUUUUGAUAGUUAAUCCCUUUUUUUUCUUGAUAGUUGAUUCAUGGUUUCCAUUGCAUGUUCUUGCCAUAAUGCUAUCUCAAAGGCACGAUUUAAGGUUUGUGGUUUGUGCAUCCUCACCACAGGUCUAAAUUCUUCUUUCAACCCACUAAGAAAACUAAAUAUAUAGUAUUUUUCUAAUAAUUCAGGGUUUGCAGUGAGUAAGAGGGAUCUCAUUUCUUUGAACUUUUCUUGAUAGUUGAUCACUUUAUCUUCUCAAAUUAAUUAAAUUCUUCAAGUACAUAAAUUCCUGCUAACCCUCCGUACCUCGAAUAUAAUUCCUCUCUAUAUAUAUAUAUAUCUCAUUCUAAUAUUUUUAGGGAAUUCGUCAAACCAUAGAAUCAUAUUUCAGCCUUAUCUCCUAAGUACCGGGUCGUUGUUUCCACCUUGUUUUCUUCAGAAAAGCAUCUUACUAGACUGCGAAACACAAAUAGAGAGCCUCUUGGCAAAUGUUUUUGAGAACUACAAAUCAUUGGAUGAAAAUUCUCCUACAGGACUAGCAGACAUAUUUGGCCCAAUGCAAGAGUCUGCAGCACCAGCUCUCUCGCCUGCUGUGCAAGUGUAUGCCCUCCUCCAUGAUAUUCUGUCUCAGGAUGCACAGAUAAUGCUGAGAAAUUAUCUGCAGACAGCAGCAAAAAAGAGGUGGCGGAAGCAUAUUGUGGAGACUGAUGAGUUUAUAUCCAGCAACUCUGAAGAUGUCCUGAUGGAUUCCAUUACCAUUUCAACAGCUUAUUUAAAGAUGAAGAAUCUUUGUAUAAGCAUAAGCAAGGAAAUAGAGGCUGAUAUAAAGAUCAACAAUGAGCAUGUACUUCCCAGUUCAAUUGACCUGUCAAGCAUUGCAGCUGAUGUGUACAGCACUGAGUUGUGUAAAAGGCUUAGAGCUUUCCUUGCUGCAUGGCCUCCAUCUCGACCACAGCCUCAUGUCAAUGAACUUUUAAUAGAAAUUGCUGAUUUUGAAAGACAUCUUGAAUCUUGGAGAAUCAGUCCAGUGCAAGGAGGUGUAGACUCAAGGUGUUUGUUCCAUAAUUAUAUAAUGGUGUGGGUCCAGGAUAUGGAACUAAAAUUACUUGAUCUCUGCAAAGCAGAAAAGGUUCCUUGGUCUGGAGUAAUGACAAAUCAUUCCACCUCACCAUUUGCAGAGGAAAUGUAUGAGAAAAUCAAAGACUCUUUUGUUGAAUAUGAAGUGGUGAUAAGCCGAUGGCCCCAAUAUUCAUUGAUCUUAGAAACUGCUGUUGCCAAUGUGGAAAGAGCAAUCGUUAAAGCCCUGGAGAAGCAAUACAAUGACAUUCUGACUCCUUUGAAAGAUAGCAUUCCAAAGAGGCUAAACAUGCACGUCCAAAAGCUAACUAGAAGGCAAUCAACAGCUCUCUAUCUGGUUCCAAAUCAAUUGGGGAUUUUUCUGAACACCAUCAAGAGAAUUCUUGAUGUCCUGCAUUGUAGAAUAGAGGACAUCUUGAAGUCUUGGGGCUCCUACCUGCCUCAACUAGGAGAUAAGAAAUCAAUCUUGGGAGAGCAGAUGAAUGCCAUAACAGUUAUGCUCAGAACAAAAUACAAGAACUAUAUGCAGGCAAUGGUAGAGAAACUCGUCAGCAAUAUGCAAGCAAACAGGAGCACACGGCUGAAGAGGAUACUCGAGGAGAUAAAUGAAGAAGAUGGAGAGUCGGAGGUCCGUGAAAGAAUGCAGAUGCUGAGUUCGCAACUUAUUGAUUCUAUAUCUAAUCUGCAUGAAGUCUUUACAAGUCGGAUUUUCAUUGCCACCUGCCGUGGAUUCUGGGAUAGAAUGGGACAGGUUGUUCUGAAAUUUCUGGAAGGCAGGAAGGAGAACAGAAUAUGGUAUAAUGGAUCUUAUUAUGCUCUUGGGAUAUUGGAUGACACAUUUGCUUCCCAAAUGCAAAGACUGCAAGGAAACUCACUACAAGAAAAAGAUCUUGAGCCUCCUCGUUCAGUAGUUGAAGCUCGAUCCAUUCUUUGUAGAGACACAGCAAAUAUAUCAGAUACAUCACCAUACUUCUAUGUUUAAUAUUGAAAUAUCCAAUGAGGUGAUCUUGGAGGCUACCUAUUUGUAAAUCACUGAUAUGAUCAUAAUUCUUCUUUUGGUUUGCAUAUGUUACCUGUAUGAUAACAAACAUCUGUGGCAAGAAAAUUCAUUGUAUUCUUUUGUAAAUCUUCUUUAAAAUAAUGCAUAUAUAAAA